CAGCAUUGAUGCCAAGCAAAUGUCGGGCGUCAGUGUGGAAUGCUGCGAAGAGGCUUCCCGUGAGACAUUGGCCGCCCUCGGCGGACUCUGAGCGUUAUGAGACAUUUGUCAGAUAAACCGGUGGGUUGGGGUUGUCAGAUUAGUUGUCUUCGUCUUCCACUUCCUCAAGCGUCACCCCAUGAGGAACCUUGCUUGGGGCAGAUUGCUGGGUGUCAGGCGCCCGAAGGUAGCCUUCCCGUUCCAAUUGAUCAGCUUCUUCAGGCUCGAGGAGGCCGCCUUGUCCCUUGCCCUUUUCAAUCUUCAUACGCACAUGUGUGGGAACAAAUGCGCUGACCGCCUCCUUCCGCAAGUCUCUCACCACCGGCUUGGCCUCGUACACUAUCUUGGACUCCACAACUGGUGCUGGCGUGGCAGAAUUUUCUGACUGAGCCCUUUCUGUCACUGGCUCCUGGUUUGCGUUUCUUUUGGCCCGACGCUUGGCGUACCAUUCGUCCAUGAUCUCUUUGGGGAUAGGCGGCGGUGUGUCUCGCGGCAUAGGUAUUCUUCUCACGUCCUCGGGAACAUCACUGUCGUCACUCGACUCGUCCUCGUCUCUUCUCCGCUUCCCAAGUACUCCGUCGUUUCUCUGGCCUGACUUUGACGGACCCCCACGACCAAACUGGGGCGCUCGGUCUCCGAGAGCUUCACGAGCUUUCUUGACUGCCUUCAAGUCCUUCUCCAACGCCUCGAGUGACUGCUCUUCGAGAGCGGUAAGCUUCCCGCCGCCUUCUUUUAUAGCCUUAAGAUCGUUGAUUUGCUGUUCUAUUCUGGCCGGAUUCCUCUGGGCGAGCUUCUCGUUUCUUCUCGCUUGCUGCUCUGCUUUGCCUGUGGACGCGCAGCAUGUUAGUCAUCGGCCUCAGCACAGUCAUUGGGAAGAGAAAACGCACCUUUCUUGACAGCCUUGGCCUUGUCAGCCUUGUGCUGGGCCUGUACUGGGUUGUACUUCUUUUCUUUUGCCAUGCUGCAAGUCCGCUGCUGAACUCAGGGGCCCGCGUGUUCUCGAUAUUGUCCCGGUUGCCCCUUGUGGACGCGCCGAUGUAGUGAUAGCUGAGUUUAUAACCUCGUUCCUUUUCAACAGCUGCUUCGGUGAUCGAUAUGUGAGAUUGCGAAGGGAUGGUGCGCGAGAGUGGCUGGCUGAAGAUUCUCCAAUCCAACUUGCAGUGACGCGACCUAGCAGCUGGACUGAGCAGUGCCAAGACAUGAAAGCACAGACCACACCCCGCCAUCUGGCCGGCCGGUUGGAGCACUCGCAGGAGCCGUUACCCCUCCAACAAGUGUUGACGCAGCCCCUCUGGCGCAAGCUGCCCAAUCAGAGCGGGAGAGAACGAGUUGGGUCGUCAUGAUUUCAGCUUGUCUCCAUCUGCGCGCGACUGCUUGGUCUCCUGCGUGGAGGCACACCAGAGACGCUUGACAUCAUCUUCCGGUCUUCUCCUGAGCUUUGUUUUGUACCGGCAUCCCAUCUCUUAACCCCUACUGCUGGAACAGACAACGGACAGGCCGCAGGGUAGUCGACAGACAUCAGCAUAUCUUACUAUCAGGCUAUUUAUCGACCUGCAGAGACAAGGUCAAGCCAUCACAUCUCCACACAUCGCUUCGGCGCACCCCUGACACGGCCAUGGCGAGCUUCAUGGCCAAUCUAUUCCCCGGUGGGAAACAGGACAAUCGCCCCUCCACACCGAUCAAAACCAACUUCACAACCCCAGUCAGCACUCCACAGGGCAGCCCCAGCAAGCGAACAGUACCUCCCGGCGCCCAUGAUCUUCCUACCGCCGCCUUUGAUGGUCUGAAGCUCGCAGCACCGCCCGGCAUGGGCAUCCUCGACAGUCCCGUCAAGCUGGGUCGCCCACAAAGCGUUGCGGCCCCAUUAUCUCCUGGCAAGAGCAACGUGCAGCAUUUCGAGGAGGGGCCAUCGGCCGUUGAGCAUAGUCUUGUCCACAAGAACGCCACGCAGGGUGGCAGUCCCCUGAGAAGCCACAUGCAAGAAAACACACCACCCGUCUCGUUGCGCGACCCUUUCCAAGAGCCGACAUAUCAGCCAAGUCAUGCCGCCCUCUCUCGUCAAGAGCUCUACCAGCCACGAGAGCGAGAGAGACCGCAAGGGACUGUCAAGAAGUUCAACACGACACGGGGUCUCACCGCCGAGGAGCGAGAGAUCUUGUCAAAGCCAAACGUUAAGCGCUUGGUCAAUGUCACUCAGUUGUACUUCCUCGAUUACUACUUUGAUCUCCUGACCUAUGUCGGUCAAAGACAGAACCGCCUCAAUGCAUUCAAGGCGGAAUAUCCCGAGCCGCCCGAGACCGACCCAGAGACGUACAAGCAAAUGUGGUCAAAGUACGCCGGUCGAGAACGCGCCAAUCUCCGCAAGAGGCGAGUCCGGUUGAGGCAAGGUGAUUUCCAGAUUCUCACCCAAGUUGGCCAGGGCGGUUACGGUCAAGUCUUCCUCGCGCAAAAGAAGGAUACCAAGGAGGUGUGCGCGCUCAAGGUGAUGAGCAAAAAGCUGCUGUUCAAGCUCGACGAGAUUAGACAUGUCUUGACGGAGAGAGACAUUCUGACAACGGCCAAGAGCGAGUGGCUGGUCCGCCUGCUGUACUCGUUCCAGGAUGACAAGAAUAUCUAUCUUGCCAUGGAAUACGUACCAGGCGGUGACUUCCGGACGCUUCUCAACAACACUGGGGUGUUGUCCAACAGGCAUGCACGGUUCUACAUCGCGGAAAUGUUCUGCUCGGUUGAUGCCUUGCACCAGCUGGGCUACAUUCAUCGCGAUCUCAAGCCGGAAAACUUCCUGGUCGACUCCACCGGCCAUGUGAAGCUCACUGAUUUUGGCCUGGCGGCCGGUUUCCUCGCACCCGCUAAGAUCGAGUCGAUGAGGAUCCGGCUGGAGAAGGCGUCCGAGACGUCGGUUCCGUUCGGUAAGCCAAUGGACCAGCGUACGGUGGCAGAGCGUCGGGAGGGAUAUCGGUCCAUGAGGGACAAGGAUGUGAACUACGCCAAGUCGAUUGUCGGCUCGCCCGAUUACAUGGCUCCCGAGGUGCUCAGGGGAGAGGAGUAUGACUUUACGGUUGAUUACUGGAGUUUGGGGUGCAUGUUGUUUGAAGCGUUGACGGGGUUCCCCCCGUUUGCCGGCAGCAACGCGGAUGAGACGUGGAGGAAUCUGAAGCACUGGCGGGAGGUGCUGAAGAGGCCGGUGUGGGAAGAUCCGAGCUACUUUUUGAGCAACCGGACAUGGAACUUUAUCACAACUUGCAUCAACUCCCGAUCCAAGCGCUUCUCCAAUAUCAAGGAUAUCCAGAACCACCCCUACUUUGCCGAAGUGGACUGGGAAAUACUCAGAGAGACCAAGGCGCCGUUCGUCCCCGAGCUCGACUCCGAGACGGACGCCGGCUACUUUGACGACUUUUCCAACGAGGCAGAUAUGGCCAAGUACAAGGAAGUGCACGACAAGCAGCAGGCACUUGAGGGCAUGGCCGACAGGGAUGAUGAGAUGAGCAAGAGCUUGUUUGUCGGGUUUACCUUCCGGCACCGCAAGCCGGCGAAUGAGGAUGGCAGCAGCCCAAGAAAGAAGAUUCCGUUUGAGGAGGACGCGGCCCCUUCUUUUGGCACCAUGCUGUAGGCUCAGCAGAGGAGGUCCAAGGGGGCGCAUUUGCAGUCCUCACCUGGGAAGCCGAGGGACUGGAUGAAGGAGCUGAGGGGGGCACAGGAAGAGGUGGAGAGGAGAAGGAGGGAGUUUAAGUUGAUGUGAAGGAGGGUCUGUUCAAUCAUGUUUGUGCUUGUAUUUGGUUACCUUACUAGCCUUGAGUACUUGGUUUAGUGUUUGCAUUGCUUUGCGAGAGCCGCGGCGUCGUUGAUGCGUUUUCACAGGGAAGGGGAUAGAUGGCGGGAAGGCAAGGCAAGAAAGGCAAGCAGGAUAAUUGUGUUAGUUUACCGUAGUAUGAACUUGUGCUUUUGUAGAACAACAGGCUGUGGGUAUGUCAGCAA